CACUUACCUCAAGACCUCAAGAAAUGGCUCAUCUACUCAUAAAGUCUGUCUAAUGAUAGAUGAAACUUGAUGUAAUUAGCUCAACUCACUCAGACCCUUGUCGUCAACCCACAUCCAACGUGACGCAAUCUCCAGAUGACCCUCGGCGCUAUCGGCACGAAGCCCGCGAUCAUCAACAACCCCUCCAAACUCUCAAAUACUAAACUUUGCCCUGGUUUUUUUGGCGUGACUCACAUGUCUAUAUGACUUGUCUAUAUGAUCUUAUUAUAUUUUGAUUUCUUUUCAUUGACACCUCCUCAUCUCCAUGAACCACCAUGUCUCGUCACGAAAGCCAUCAGCUCCAAUCUGUGGACUCUCCUCAAACAGGUAGGACAGAAGUAGAAAUCGAUCAAGUCAUGUUAUCAGAAGGAUCACCUCCUCGCUUUCAGGAUGAUUCAUAUAAAAGAAAAGCUUGUGUCCUUACUGGAUCCUGUUUGUUACAGUUACCGAUUUGGGGUUUCUCAAUGAGUUAUGGCAUCUUUCAGGAAUACUAUUCCAACUCAUGGCCACUAUCCGGCUCGAAUGGCGGUACAGGUGUCAUCGGAACAACCUCCAAUGGAGUCAUCUACCUGUCCAUGCCCAUCCUCUUCUCAGCACUGAGUACUCGCCACGCCCGUCUCCGCUAUUCAAUUGCAAUAAUAGGCGUGGUUCUCACAGCACUAAGCUUCUUACUGUCCUCAUACAGUAACAAAGUCUGGCAACUCAUCCUCACCCAAGGAGUUCUGGCCGCAUUCGGCUCAGCCUUAUUAUACAGUCCUACAACCCUCUAUCUCGGCGAGACAUUCACCAGCAAUCAUCGCGCGGUGGCAUAUGGAGUAGUGCUAUCAUCGAAAAACAUCGUCGGAUCUGCCUGUCCAUUUCUUCUCCAAACCUUACUCGACCAAUACGGUCUGCGUAUCACAAUGCAGAUCUGGACCGGAAUCGUCACCCUCAGCAGUCUCUUGUCACUAUUCCUCUUCCUCUUCCCGCUCUCCCACCUCUCUACCACCACCCAUCCAUCACAACCCCACCAUCCCCGUCGCACAGCCUGGUCCUUCCUCCACCAUCGCACCAUCUACAUCUACAGUGUCGCCACACUAGUCCAAUCCUCCGGCUAUGGAAUUCCUCAAACCUAUCUCCCUCUCUACGCGCAUUCCACCACCCAUCUCUCCCGCACCAUGGCCACUCUGAUGCUCACACUCUUCAGUAUUCCUGGAAUCGUCUCCUCCUCUUUCUUCGGCUACCUCAGCGACAACCCCUACCUCCCCUGCUCCGCCAGCACCGUCACAUUCAUCUCGUCCGCAUCAUCCGGCCUCGCCGUCUUCCUCCUCUGGGGUCUGGCCCCUGCAUCCUCCACAUCCUCUGCGAGUAGUAGCAUGCCGUUACUGUUGGUGUUCAGUUUGAUUUUCGGCUUCUUCGCCAGCGCGUACAGCGCGACGUGGGGGGCCGUGAUUAAACAGAUGGAGCGCGAGGCAGCGGACCGGAAUGAGGCCGUGGAUCCAGGUGUGGUGUAUGGAUUGUUGAAUGGGGCGAGAGGUGUGGGGUAUGUGAUGGGUGGGUUGGUGGGUGUGCCGUUGUUGAAGAGCAGUACGAGUGGAAUUGGUAGUCGUGGUGGUUAUGCCACGGAAUAUGGUGCGUUGAUUGUUUUUACAGGCUUGUGUCUUGUUUUUGGUGGGUGGAGUGUCGUGUGGAGAUGGAGAUGGAGGUUGGGGUCUAAGUGGAUGGUGGGGAAAUGGAAGAAGGGCAAUAUGAAUGCGAACUUUAGGGUACUUACUUGUCAACGAUGAGAGGUGGUGGGUUGGGUUGGAUGGGAUGGGAUGGGAUGAGAUGAGAUGGAUUUAUUUGAUGAGUAGAGG